UCAGUAACGGCUGAACCGAUUAAGUCCUGAGUAGUCUCAAUCGACAGCUUGGGGUCGAAUUGUAUAAUAAAAGUGUUUUUAUUUUUUCUCUCCGUGCUCUACGUGCAGAUAUAUCGCGACGGGAAAUCCAAAUUAGAAAUAUUAUGUUAUUAAAUUGAAAAUCAAUUUAGUAACAAAUGAUGUUAACCAGCAUCUAAAUGUUAGAAUUCUGUCUAAAAAAAAAAAAAAAGAUUUUGUUGCGAAAAAUAAAUUGAUUUUCAAUUUAAUAAAGUGAUAUUACUAUUUCUUGUUCAACUUAGAAAGGUGUUCUAAGACCGAAAAGUUAUUCUGCGCGCAAUUUCGUAAACUCAAAACGAUAUAUAAUAUCACACAAUAAAAAUCAGCACUAAACCUAGCUACGUCCGCUAAAGCGUUUUGUGUAUAUCACAUAUAUUUAUCGCAUAUUACAAUAAAUAAAUUUGAUUCAUAUAUACGAUAGCAUGAUUCCGACUAGAUUUGACAUUUAUUAGGUGUUAAACUUAGUUUUUGCCGUGUUUUUUGCUUGAAAAACAAAUUCAUUACAAUAAGAAUAUGAAUUGAUAUAUUAAUUAAAAUAUUUUCGAUCGUUUUCUAUUACUUUUUCCCCAUCUUUCUGGCAAAAGUUGAAUUUCCCGAUUUCACGAUAUAACGAGCUGUCUUUCUAAGCAAGUCAUCGAUCCACUCAUUUUCGGACUUGUUCGUAAUUGGAGAAAUGUGUAUCGAGGAGCACGUAUUGCAUCGAUCGAAAAAAGUAGUAAUUCGAUGGAUCAAGUCUAGGUUGAGAAUAGGUUGGGAUGGAAGAACUUCUCAUUUAAGUCCCGUAUUUCUUUUAUGGUUCUUGCAAUAUGUGAUUGCGCAUUGUCAUACGAAAGAAUUACUUUGCGUCAAUUACUGGCUAUUGAUGCCCUUUUUUGCAGCCAUACAUGGCUGCAAAGAGCCAUAUAAACCUGUAGGAAUAAUAUUUAACACUUUUUACAAUUCUUCGAGUGUGUGAGUUGGAUUUUCAUCCAAUAAUGCUUGCAAUUCGGCAAUUCUCAAACUUUUUCGGCUAUCCUGAACGCUCUUUGUCUUUCACACUGAAUUCACCACUUCUGAAUCGUUUAAACUAGUCUCUACAUAUUCUUUCUGAUGUAGCUUGUUCAUCAUGAGUUUCAGUAAUCAACCAAUGCGCUUCAAUGCAAUCAGUUGCAGUUUUCUUCACAUCAGAGUAAUGAGAAAGUAUAUGUCGAAAAACCCCUGUUCCGUAUUCGCAUUAUUAUUAUAGAAAUUUAAUUUCAAUUUUCGUUACAUUGGAGAGUCUCCGCCACAGACACAUAAGAUAGACCCAGCAUUUACGCAUUCGAUUCGUCUAAAAGGUGAAGUUAACAGAACGGAGUGAGAGGCAAAAUGCAAGGAAUGCUGUCUUUUUCUGUCCUUUUUCGCGCGCGCAUCAUUAACAGAAAUUCUUAGAAAUUCAAGAUGGCUAACUUUUAUAUAUAUAUAUAGCUAAUGCUGGGUCUAUCUUAUAUGUUUAUCACUCAGUAAACCCUCCGCAAAGAUCAUGUACCAAUCACGCGGAACUCACGUGGUGCCGAACCUGCAGGAAUCGGCGCAGAACCACGAAUUUGGGUACUCGCGCAAAUCGUCAUCGCGCGCCCCGGCACUUGCUUCCUGCUCGCCGUGCAUGAAGUAACGUCGUUCGUUAAAUGUGAUACCAAUAUUUGUAACGAUUGCGAUUACGUGUGAAUUCUGCAACCGCUCGUUCCUCGCGCUUUUUCCACUGCAGCAUACUCCGGUUCGCCGCCAUUCCGCGCAGAGAUUCGCCAAUCAUUCUUUAUAGUUUUCCCGAGCUCGAUUCCAUCCGGAAAAUUUCCGGUCGCGUAUCGUGAAAUUCGUGCAGCAUCGAGAGAGCAGCAUUUCAAGAUUUCCGAACGUCCGCUCUCUCCUUCCGAGACUGCCGUGUCGUCUCAUUUCUCGUGUUAAAAAUUUAAUAAGCGUAAGUGAUCUUGCAAUCAAACUCUCGUGUCGAACGUUCACUUGGCCACCCUAUCCUCGAUUUCCGGUUCUCAAAUCUGAGAGCGUACUAGCUACCACCUUAAGGCGAUCUUGCCCAUCUUGCUACAAACCUAUUAUCACGAUUCAUUUUAAAUCGAUUAAAAGAUAUCUUUGAAUUCACAACGAUUAAUUUUUGCGCAGUGAAUUUUAUUGACAGAUAUCUAACUUUUAAGUGACAACCAGCUUUAGCUACCGAAACUUGCUAUUCUCGCAACUGGAGCAUCUACUUGUGAGCGGCGGAAACUAAAUUUAUCACUUAAUAUUUAUAACUCUUGCGUGUACUAGUGCAGCUAUUUGGAUUAAGUACGCAUAACGUGCAUUUUAAUCGAGUACCACAUUGUAAUUUUGUGCAUGCAAUUGUGACUGUUAUAACCGUCUUUCUCUGCAAAGAGAGAACAAUGCAAACGUUGGUAUACGUGUGCAUGUUUUAUAAUGAUUUAAUAAUUGCGAGGUGCAUUUUCAUUAAUUCGGUUUACAUUUAAAAGGAAACUUGCGACAUUUUAACCGUUAUGACACAAAUUUACCUUUACUAAUUAUAAUAUAAUUUAGCACUAUUUAAAUAACUGAUUAAUUAAGGCAUUGAUAUGGCAUGCUAAUAAUUUUGCAUGUGGAUGCAUAAAUAUUAAAUUGACACAUACAUUUGGUAUUAGUGUACAUUUAAUAUUAGUAUACUGAGAUAAAUAGAUCGCAAUACACGUUGGAAUCGUGAUACAGAAGUUAUAGUUGGGAAAUUGCAGGCAUGUAAUAACGCUCGAGUAAUAAGUAAAAUUUAAUAAAUUUUCGGAGUAAAAUUUUGCCAAUAAGCCAGCGUAUAUGUGGAGUAAGCUGCUUUCGUUGUCCACAAUAUCCACUCUGGAUUGCUAACUACUUCUCAUUACAAGCAGCGCUGCAUAUUUCAUAUACACAUUUGCGUUUCGGACUCGCUUUUCAGAGCAGGCGCAAAAUUAAGCAGUUCACAUGAAGAUUACGGAAAAUAUUACCAACUUUGCACAACUUUGUACGGAAGUGACUUGGAAAUUUCUGAAUUAAUGCAUCGUGAUCGUAGACUUUACGCAGCGCCGUAAUAAUAUUAGACUAUAAUCCGAAUUGUAUGAAAUACAAUACUUGCGUUAAAUUAAACCGUGAAUAUUAAACAUCUGUCUGAACAUAUAUUUGAUAAGAUAUCAAUUUUUAUCCAUACGCUUUUGAUAACAAUGAGAUAAAUUGUUUCUGUCUCUUUACAUUUGAAUGGUGAGUCCUAUAUGCGUUUAGCUGUUGGAAGAGAAUAUGAGGUUAAAAAAGUUCUAUCGCCAACAGAUUUUGAGAAAAAUGGUGUCAAAAAAGCUAAAGAUGACAAUGUCAAGAAUUUUUAAAUCAUUAUAGAAUCGACAACAUCUUUCUUCUAAAUUUUAUUAAUACCAUGUAAAAAUAUCAAUUUUUAACUUUAAAAUGCAUUAUGUUUUGUUCCGAUAUGAUUUUUUGUUUUUGAGAUAUAGCAAGUGUUUAAGAAUGAUUUUUUCCUAUAGGGUGAAAUCGCCUAUUAUGGGAUAGGUUCGUAAUAUGAGGUAACGAGAUUGCUGCUACAUUAAUAAACGCAUAUGAUUGGUACCAUAUCAUAAACUAUUGCUCUUGGGGUGAAAUCUAAUUAGUAGAAAAUUCAUUAUUAGAUCAUGCGUGCAGUCGUUGAAAAAAAAUUUUUGAAAUUAGAUAUUAUCAAGAUUUAUUGAUAUGAGUCUUUAAACCUUGUUUAUUAUAGAAUAAACAAAUAUUUAGUAAUAAAUUAUACAUGCAGUGAUAAAGUAAAGUCGUAUUAAUAGAAAAAUACGGGAUGUAAUAAUUUGCUUAAUUAUAAAUAUCAGAUUUGGUAAUCGUGAAACCGCAAAACGUGGAACUCAUAAUAUGAGACACUCAAAAAUCCAUAUUUGUUAUUGCAUAUUCUGACUUCGAGAGCUUUUCAAAAUGCUGUGAUAAAGUUUUUCAUUGAGAACUUUCGAAUUAUGAAGCUUGAAAGUUAUUAUUUCCCUCAACAUUAGCACUGAGACUUUGAAAUAUCUCGAAGAGAAUAGAUUUUGGAGAAAAAUGUUACGUACAAAAGUUUUUGAUUAUCGAAAGAGCUAUUUGAUUGGUAAAGUAGAUUUUGAGUCUGGAGCCUAAUUUGAACCUAGUAAGGUUCAAGUCGAUAAGACCCAACUCAUAUAAAAAAACCUUUGUACAAAAUCUCAUUUUGGGAACCUUUUCUUGAAUUAGUUAAAUCGGCAAGUUUGAUAAAAAAUUUUAUAUGCAACAAAGUGUAACUAUUAUUGAUUGCUAACUUUUAGCGAUGAAACUUAAAUAUAUUUAAUAUAAUUUAGAUGUAAAAGUAAAAAUUAAUGGUAUAAAUUAAAUAAAUUGUAAGCUUUUAAAGAAAAGUAUCUCAUAAUAGGCGACUUUACCCUAUACUUGUAGACAAAAAUUGAGCUUUUGCAGCACAAGUAUGAGCAGUUAUUGCCAAUACAUUUUUAUCCGCGAAACACAAAUUCGUUAUUCAUAUUUUAUUAUCACGUCACAGUUAAAAAAAGAAAUAGCGUCAAUUGAUCUAAAAACAGCAAUUUUAAAGCAGUUUCUGAAAUAUUAUAAGCUAAUUGAAUUUUUUAAAAAGCAUAUCUUUUUUCAGUAUAACAAACCCAAUAAUAAAACACCUAUUACGUAUUGAGAAAUAAAAAAUUGAUUAAAAUUUAUUUUUCAAUGUAGUUUACGUUUUUGAAGAUUUCACUGUGACAUUUUAUUGAAAAGCUAAUAAUUUUUCGAUAACAUUGCCAAAGCUUGAAAUUUUUACAGUAAUAGAAGUCAAAAUAAGAUAAAAUUUCGUUAAAUGUAAAUUCAAGUUGUAUUUAAAUAAUUUCUUAAUAAAUAUAUCAAUUAUUAAAUACAAUAAUUGAUGGUCUAUGCAUGGUGAAUAGACCAUCUUAUCGAGAUUAUGUUUUGACUUUAUUAAACGAUCGCUUUCAAUCAAACAUAUAUCAGGAAACGAUCAGCACUGACGAGGAUGUAUGCGAAAAAGAGCCUUGCGAAAUACGACCUUCAGAAAGCUUCGGGAGCUUGAAAGAUUACGAAGAUGACUCAGAACACUCCAACAUCGACGUAAUAGUGACGAGAGUGUCUACCGCCAGUGAUAAAACCAAAAUUGAGAUCGAAUCGAUUAAUGAUCACGUUUCCCGAGAAGGGAUGAACGAGAUCAUCGAUCAUCCCGAGUAUAACUACGACGACACUAGGAAGAGCUUACCGAAAUGCGACGUCGAUAUACGGGAGACAACUGAUGAUGCAUUCGAGUUUAACUUGGUGAACGAGGAAGGAGUCGCGAGAGAAACGGAAGCGAUCGACUACGAGACUGCCACUACUCAAGUCGGUCUUGAAAACUCGAAAAUCCGCCUGGACGAAUGUAAAAACGACCGGGCGCCAUCCGAUCUUCUGAAAGAGUUCCUAAAGAGGAUGCGAACGGAAGUAGAGGCAGGUCGUCUGGAAACAAUCUUUCGAGUACCGGGAAUCGGUCCGUCGGUGUCGUCCGAGCGUGUAACAGCUGUUAAAUUGUGGCUGGCAGACUGCGCGCGUCGUCAAGAAGGUCUGGUUGGACCGCGCAAUAUUCGCCAUUUUCUCUGCCCAAAUCUCGAUGGUAUUCAGGAAUGCGAGUGUACAUCAUGAAGCACUUUUCCAUGCACCGCAAUAUAGCAUUAUCGCUUAACAAUUGAAUCAAAUUAUAAUUAUUCUUAAUUAUAAAAGUAUUAGUUAUAAAAUCUUUUAUAUUUGUAUACACAUAGAGAAUAUUUUUUUAGAAUUUACUUAUUCAAAAUCAUGAUAAUCAUGAGAUAACAUGACUUCGAAGAGUUUUGCUUUUAAUAAAAUUUUAUUAAAUUUUAUUAAAUUUAGUUACAUUUUAUUAAAAUUUUACUAAGCUUUGCUAAAAUUCUUCUAUGUCCAUAUUCUUUAUUCAUUUUUAUCAAUAAAAACGCUUAUACGUCACUGUAUAUUAAAAAAUGCUUUUAUCGGUAAAAGUGAUUUUGGAAUAAAGGCCCAUGUUGUUCCUUGACUAUCAUGAUUUUGAGGAAAAAAAUUGUCUCUGCAUAUUUCAUGUGUCUGAGCUUUUGUAUAAUAUUACAUAUAUAAUGUUAUGACGAAUUAUGAGGGAAUAAGAUCUAAAAGUUUCUCAAUGUUUUGGGAUAUUAUUUGUAGCUUCUUUUAAACGAAAUAAAGCAUUAUAGCGUUAAGUAAAAGUGAAAUUAUUAAUCUAGGAUUAAUUUAUACCUGCAAUCUUAACAAUUUCAUUAUAUUAAGACGUAAAGUUUCAACCUACUUUUUCACAUGAGAAAAGCGAUUUGUAAUUUCAAACUGAUAAAAAUUAAUGAGAAUAACAACACGGUUGUAACUGUUCAAAUUAGAGUGUAUUAGCUUUAAAUCUUUUAUUAAACAUAACUUCGAAGAUUUUUUACUGUCUUUUUCUGCUGUUUAAUUGUAAAUCAGUCUUAACGCAUCUUAUUAUAAAAAUCUGACAUUACAUGUACUUUGAUAGUUCUUUUUUUUUUACUGAGGAAAAAAUCUUUUUCAAGAUGCCUCUGUACCUGCACUAACCGAGGGUAUGAGGAAUUCGAGGGAACAUCGAACUUUCCCAGAUCUAACACGGUCAAGAGAAGGAAUCCAAUAUUAUCCAACCUCCCCCCCCCUCCCUACUCGCUGAAAACUCGGAAGAUCUAAACUCUAGGACCCGCCCUGGAACCACUAGGGAGCAUUACUUUAGGGCGAGCCCUUAACAUUUUGAUAAUGACUCAAUCUUAGCAGACUAAGACUCUGUGAAGCUAACGCCAUUAUUUAAAAAAUAAUUGGAAAUUUGCACAAUUAAUUGCACAUUUAUUGCUAAUUUAUUGCCCUUUAGUUUUGAACUUAUUGCUUUUAGUCAUUUGCUGGAAAUUAAAAUACAAAAUGAGGGAGUUGAACAUUACACUAGUAUCUCUACUCCGGAAAAACGUAUCGUAUAAAAAAAAAAGAACACUAAAUUUGUUUUUUGUAAUUAACUGUUCUAAAAUACUUCAAAGAGAUAUUAAAAUGUUAAUUGGUAAUGGAUUUACCCAAUUUCGAUUAUAGUAACGCAUAAGAGCUGAACGGUCAAAAAACUAAUUUACCACAUAAGAUUAAUUCUGAUUUGCUUCUUAAAUUAAAAAUAUGAGAAAUAUCUUCUUUGAAGAUUUAUUGUUCAGACUAAAAUUACAGUUAAACAUAGUGUGCGUUUGUAACAUAUACGUGUAUAUGUGAUUGUGUUUCUAUUAAAUUAAUUUUAAUACAUUAAAUGCCAUUAAUUAAUAUUAUAUUUCUUAUUGCAUUUGCACGCCAUAAAAGAAAUAUUUUUUGUUACUGAAAGGCGUAUUUUUUUCGUUUGUCUCGCACACCGAAUGUCUGGUCUUGAUUAUACGAAAAAAAUACUAACAGUUAAUAAAUAAUAGAAGAAAAAGUAGGUUCCAAUAACAAAAAAAAAAGCAGAAGCUAAAGUCUUCCAGAGCAAAGCGGAAAUGGUCGAUAUUCUUUGAGGGCAUGUGAUUGUUAGUUUUUAUAACCGUUUGUGUUCAGUGUGUGUUUUGUCAAUUUGCCGUAUCGGCAAUAACAAAUCGACAAUCGAUUAUCGGUCUAGUUAUUAUUGGUAUCACGGUUGCACAACAUUGACGUAUGCUGGUCAGCUCCAAGGUUCAUAACUCACUUACUCAACUUGUACUUAUCUCUUCUAACUCUCCUAUGAGAUUUACUUUGAUAUCGAUGAAGUGCUAUUAUAACAGUCGCACUAUCUAAACAGUACGUCAAACACGUGCCAUUGAAUACGUUGAAUUCAUUUUAAGAAUGGCACAAAGACUGCCACUUUCGCCGCCUCAACCACGGAAAAAAAAAUCUAGUCGAAGUAGACGAAAGUUAGCGAGUUUUCAAUUGUUUUCGAAAUGAGAAUAUUCUGGUUUAUUUAAAUCUGCAUUCGAAAUUGCGUUCCUCUUUGAAGAAGUUUGCCCAAAAGAGUGCUAUUUCGACCUCUAUCAUCCGUACGUUGCAAAAAAAUAUUUUUAUGUAUACAGAAUCUAUACAUUUCAUCUAUACUAUCAUCUAUACAGAAAAUAAAUAAUUUUUUAAACUUUUCUUGUAUAAUUUGGUUGCGUAAAUGGCUGAUUUCAUUUACGGUGAAGAAACUUUGAAAGAAUUAAUUCAUCGCUUAAUUAUUAUAUAUCCUCCUCCAAUUUUUUAUCUGAAUAUUUUCAACGUUUGAUUAUGGAGAAAGUUAAAAUAAAUGGCCCAAUAAAUUAUCAGGACUAGUGUUUAAAUAUUGCAAAUCCGAUCUUAAAUACUUUUUUCUAAUUAAAAGAUUGAAUUUUCAAUUUGAUUGCUUUUAUUUAAUUUUGAUUGAUUUUUUUUUAAUAAAAAAGAUUGAAUCCUAACAUCACAGAUCUCCCAGGGACGUCUAUAGGAUGUCUCUGCGACAUCCUAAGGAUGUCCCUGGGACAUCCCCUGGAUGAAGUGUGCUGUUAGGGAAAUAUUUACAAGUAUUUACUCCCGAUUUAGAAUAUUUUUGAGACUUAUAACAAAAAAAAGGAAAGAUUUGUCCAAGAUGUCUCUAAAAUUAUUUACAAAUUUGUUUUGUCUGAGCUGUUGAUAUAUAACAUCCUAAUGUAAUUCAAUCUAAUCUAAUUUGUUGAAAAUUAGCUCUGAGAAAAGAGAUAUUAAUUAUUAAUGCGAGUAAAAAUAAAUUAAAAUAUGGAGAAUGACUAACAUUUUGCAUUAUUACAAUUAUUUAUAUAAAUAAGAUUUUACUUACGUUUUGAGGCACACGCGGAUACUCCACGCCGUAUUUUACUGAUUUUGGAGUGGAUAAAAAAGGUAAUGACUGAGAGGAAAAAUGCAACAGCUAUGAUAUCUUACGAUUCAAAUGUUGAAUAAAAAAAUAUAGAAAGUCGGUAAUAGAAGAAAAGAACUGCUCAAUGAUUUUUUCCAAAAACCGGGCGCGUCCGCUUGUGUUAAUAGUUGCUAAGUUAUU